AAAAUUGAUCUCAAGGUUUAUCGCGAAACCAGAUUGGUAGCAGAGCGAGGUUAGAAUAAGAAGACGACAAGUGGAAACUCAAGCAAAACCGAUGGGUAGGAAAAAGAAUMUAAGAAGAAAAGGAGCAUUCUACAGCGACGACGAAGACAGAAACGAAACCUCUCAAGUCGGAGGAAGAUCUAACGAAGGAAACAACGCUUUAGAGAGGCAAAAACAAUCCAAGUCAAGAAGCAAAGCGGCUUUCACGAGAGCAAGACAUGGACUUCUACAGUUACUGGAAGAAGACUUACCUAAUCGCAGUCAGGUAAGAGAGGCACGAGAAAAGCUAAACAAGCAACUAGAUAAAGUAAUGGAGGAUUUAGAGGCUUUAUCUACGAUGUAYGAGAAAAGACAAGAUGMCGUAAAUAUAAGCAAGUUAAGUCAAGAAAUAGAGAGAAUCGAGGAAGAGUUCACGGACGCUCAGAAUAGGACACAAGAGUACCUAGACUCCAGGAAAGACGAAUUAUCAAGUAUCGCGUCGGAUACUUCGCAGAAGGUUGGACAAGCUCAAGAGGAAAUGAUGAAAGUAAAGAAGAAGGCGGAGCAAAUGGAAGUAAACAUAUUGAAAGAAGAAGAAGCUAUUCAGACAGAAAAGAGAAAAAUAGAAGAAUACGCUAAGAAAAUGAAAGAACUUGAAGCUCGAUCACUACAAGGAAGAAACCAACUAAUCGAUGUUAAAGAGGAAGUCAGAAGAAUACAAAUCAAAGCAGAAAAAGAGAUCGACAAGGAGCUUGGGCUAGAAGAKGACUAUGUCGACGGGCCAGAAUGCGCCGAUGUCGAGCAAAGCGAACAAAAACCAAGGAUCAAGACGGAGAACUAUAGCGGGUUAAAGACCAAAGGCCAAGAAGAGACGCAGAGCGUGAAGGGCAAAACGUCGCCAGCGAUGGAGAUUGGCCAAGACCUUUGGAAGCAGCUGAAGAGAGUGUCAAUCCCUGUGUUCAACGGAGACAAAGCCAACUACGAGAAUUGGAAAGCAGCAUUCGAGGCAUGCAUCGACAAGGCACCAGCUACUCCAGAGUAUAAGCUACUCCAACUCAGACAAUAUUUGUCAGGAGAAGCACUCAAGACCAUAGAAAACCUCGGUCAUUCAGCGUCCGCUUACGACGCUGCAAAGAGCAGGCUGGAGAGGAAAUACGGCGGGAGAAGGAGGCAGAUCGCGCUGCAUCUUGAAGAACUUGAGAACUUCAAACCAGUAAGGCCAGGACACCCAAAAGAUAUCGAGAGAUUUGCAGACAUUUUGGACAUCGCAGUUGUUAACCUGAAGGAGGCMAGACGAUAYGAAGAACUGGGUAAUGGAUCACUCUAUGCAAAGUUGCAGAAGAAAAUGACGGAGCAAAUGUUGGCACAGUACCACAGAUGGGUAUAUGAAAGAAGCAAAAUGGAAUGCGUGGAAACCUUACGAGAGUGGGUGAUACAAGAGGCGGAGUUCCAGACAAUAGCAGCCGAAACGCUACGUGGACUAUCAAGAAGCUCAUCUAGUACACAACGGAAAGAUCAGACAUAUUUUGGCCAACCAAGACAACAGAGCGGCUCCAAGAAUCAACAAAGAGACAGAAAUCGAGCAUGCAAGGUCUGCGGAGAAGGGCAUCCAGCUUGGUUAUGUGGCAAGUUUAAAGCUAUGGCAGUAGCUAAGAGGUGGGAAACAGCCAAGCAACACAGUUUGUGUUACAGAUGUCUAGGAGCCAACCACGUCGGUCAGUCAUGCACGAGGUCAAGAAUCUGUGGCUUGAAUGGAUGUAAAGAUACGCAUAACAGGCUGUUGCAUGAGGACAAGAAGGGGGUGUCGGACGAGGAGAAGAGUACAGGUGAUCAAAAAGCCAAUAGCAGCCAAGAUGCAAAGCAAGGCGUGCGAGGACCUGCCACGGAGGGGGAGCAGCAGAAAUCCGAGAGAUCACACACGACCACGGUACAUGCCAAAGAAAACGUCAAAGAGGAAUACAUCGCGUUGAGAACAGUACCCGUGAUACUAAAGAAUGGCGGGCGGAAACUAGUCGUGAAUGCACUGCUGGACGACGCCAGUACCAAGACGUACGUAAAUAGUGAUGUCGCCGCUGAGUUAGGACUACAGGGCGAGAGUCGUAAAGUGACAGUCAACGUUCUUAAUGGCCAGGAAGAUACUUUCGAGACGAUGCCGAUCGAGUGUGGGAUAGAGAGCUUAGAUGGCAAAAUAAACAUGAAGAUUACUGCRUUUACAGCGAACAGAGUCACAGGCAACAUGAAAGCAGUUAACUGGGCCAGGUGUGCCAAGAACUGGAGCCACCUAAAAGAUAUAAACUUCCCUUAUCUGGGGCCACGCCCAAUUGUUGAUAUCCUCAUCGGUAUCGAUUAUGCUGAUCUACACUAUUCAAUCAAAGAUGUAAGAGGGAAACCAGGCGAGCCAGUGGCAAGAUUAACACCGUUAGGAUGGACAUGUAUUGGACAUCCCAGCGUAUGUUAUGAGAAGGGUUAUCGGACAAACUUUAUACGUACUUACUUCGUGCGUGAGGAACCAAGCAUUGAGUUGAGCAACGCUAUUCGAAAGUUCUGGGAGAUUGAAGACGACGGAUUACAGAUGAAAACCAAGAUAUUAAAGCCAGAAGAUCAAAUCGCACUGGAGGCACUUAAGAAGUCAAUAAAGUUUGAAGAUGGAAGAUACGAGAUUGGAGUACCAUGGAAGGAAGAGAAACCGCUCAUGCCAGACAACUACGAGACCGCGCUGCGGCGGUUGCAGAAUACAGAGAAACGGCUGUGCAGGGAUCCAGAGAUGGGAAAGAGUUACUCAGACGUGAUCAAUCAGUACGAAGAAAAGGGUUACAUAAGAAAGGUUCCAGAAACGGAGAAAAGGCCAAGCGAAUCAUAG